AUGAGUAUGCAAAUAUCACCAACCACACAUCCUACAGAUGCUCCGUCUCCAACUCCCACUUAUAACGAGUACACGCCACCCCCUGGUCUUCAUUCAAGAUCUGGUCAACGCGAAAAACUACAGAAAAAACGUCGGCACAACUCUAAAUCAAGUGCACUCUCACAGGAGCUGUUCGCUACUGUAUCACAGGAAGAGCACGAUCGAACAACGCAGAAACUUGAGAGUACCUCAAAGACUGCGAGCGAAUUAACUAGAGUUGCCGAAUUCACCGUAGACGCACUGCAGAUAUCAAAUUCUUUACUAUCUGAGGCCGCAUCAGCUCUGCAACAUAAGCAGAAUCUAAUUACAGACACAGUUGCCGCAUGGGAUGAGUACCGAGAUGUUCACAGCAAAGAAUACACAGCUGAAGAGCAUGAAGAUACGUGGGACGACCUAGCUUCUGCCCUCCACGCGCUGGCUGCUACGUAUGAUGACGACGUGCGCGAUCUCUCCAUUCUGCAGGCAAAUGCAGACAGCUUCCGAGAUAUCUUGUCCUUUGAGGGCAACGAGCAUCUACAAAACAAACUCACAACCACUCAAGAUGGCAUUGCGGAACGCAUCGAUCGCAUGGAAGCCAUGUUAUCAGAGGACGGGGAACUGCGUACUAUGUCGCGUAUAGUGUCUGAUCUUUGA